AUGGAACUUAGUUCUACUAUAAAUAAAAAAUCUAUUCCUUUAAAACUUGACCUUGGAAAUUUAUGUGCUUUUAACUUUAAUCCUCUUGAUAUAUGUUCUUUAGAAAAUAAUAAAGAAGAAUACAUUAUGUCACUUUCAAAAACUAACAUAGAAAUUCUUGUAAACAAAAUUUUUUCAUUAUCAAAAAUUACUACACUCGAUGGAUUUUUUAUUGAAUUACCUGAACCAAUCACAACAUUACCUAGAGAAAAAUCAAUACAAAAAUCAAAACCUGAAACGAAAUGGAAAAAAUUUGCUAGAAUUAAAAGAAUUAAACCUAAAAAUAAAAUAGAUGGAAAAUUAAUAUACGAUGAAAAUGAAAAAAAAUGGGUACCCAAAUGGGGUUAUAAAGGGAAAAACAAAAAUACAGAGAAUCAAUGGCUUAUUGAAAUUAAUAGUCACGAGGAUUUAAAUACGAAAAACUUGGUAAAAUCAAUAAAAAAAAAGCAUGAACAAAAAAAAAAGCCAUAA